UACAUUUUUAUCUUUAGUAAAUAUAAUUCCUUCUUACAUCGUCAUACUGCGAUUAAGCCCACAUUGGACAGCUGGGUGUGUGAGGAAAUCAUAACUUGUUGUAACAAAACAUUGCUGAUAUUUGUUGAAACAAUACUCUUUACAAUGAAAAGGAAAAUCUUGGCCUUACUUCGAGCAUUGUUCGUUAUACCAUUUAUGGCAGGAACCAGACGAAACAGUUCCGGUUCGUUCCGCUUCUAUGAUUGUAGCACUUCAUCCAUAAUCAUGUUCCUGCUACUUCUUGCAUCGAUAAUCGUCUUCACCGGAAGUCUUUCAAUCGAAAGUGGAGCAAUGCAGCGUGUGCAAGUAAUUAAAGUGUUUUUGAUACUCACUGACACAACCGGUAUUGUAAUGUGUGCUCUGAUUGGUCACCUUAUCUACAAGAACGGUGUUCCAUCUACCGAGUCGUCGGGAUCUCAAAGUAUCAAACCAAAGUAUAUACAACUGGGCUUCGUUUGGCUGUUUGCAAUAUUGUCAUCAGUAUUCUUCUGUUUUAAAGCUGCUGUCGAGAUGCAGUGCUGGAAUUCCUUCUCUCCGACGCAGAUUGCUGAUUCCAUUCUCCGGGUUAUAUUAAUCUUAAGCCAAUCCGCAGUACUGCGAUAUCUUCAAUCAUACAAAAUAGAAGGAAUAUCGUUAACAAAAUAUGCAAUACGAGUUUUAAUUGGUGUCAAUGUUUGUCUUUGGGUAAACACAUUCAUCCGUGACAAAACAUUAUUGAACAAAAAUACUCCAACGGAUCAUCAACAUAACAUUUCCGAUUGGAUAGAGUGUGCUCUAAAUUCUACAUCCGGGUUACUUUACUAUAAGUCGAAGAAAUUCCUUCUUCCGGCUUGUGUGGAGUUUAUGUUAUUGUGCAUUACUUUGCUGACUGAAAUCAGUUCUCUGCAUUCCUCAGAUAAUGAGACCAUCGAAGAAAUGGAUGAGAAACAUAGCGGCGAAAAUUCACUGAACAUUGGGUAUGAAGAAAACACUCCUCUUUUACCAACAGUGGCUCAGAACAACAGGCAUGUUGUUAGGUCAUCAAUAUACGUAUACAUUUUUAUAAUUUGUAGCGUGUUGCUGCUGUUACCUAAUCUAACCUUACAUAGCAUGCAUGCAUUGUUUUCCCAAGACGAUAUGGCAAUACCUGUGAUAUUGUACGAAAUUGCAAUGAAAUCUAUUAUGAUCAUUGCGGUUAUUUUGGGGUUUUAUUACACAGAGACUGGCAUGGUUUUUCCAACACCGAGUGCCCGAGCUUACAGCACCAGGGAAAUGCUAUUCCUGGGAUCUGUAUUGGCCGUUUUUAAUCAACACUGUUUCGCAGUAAUGGCUGGUUGUCUUUCUGACACCGAUGGAUCACAGGCCAUUGUUGCAGGAAAUUGCAUUAACAUUAUCCAGGAUUAUUUUCAAAGUGUUUUUCUCCUUCACGCUGCUAGUUGUGUACGAAAACAAACUCACAAGAAAGGUACUGGCUUUAUUUGCAUAUGUACUUUUCUUGCUAUUACAAACUUUGGAUGUUGGAUAGUGAAUAACUUCAUUGUUGGUCACACUGUCACGCGCAUUGAAGAUUCACAGAUAAAGGUCCUCAGACAAACGGUGUGGCAUAUUUUGAACGAAUUGUUUGGACCUCUGACCAUGUACUAUAGUUUUACAUCAGCUUUCGCUUUCCAUACACUUUACAUUAAAUUCAGAGCAAAUUAG